UGAAGAGUGCAGUCAAAAGCAGGUGAUGAGCUACCAAAUGGUGAACAAAGGGAGGAAGUCUGCUUCUGUGGAGCUUCAAAAAGUCCACCUGGGGGACUUGUAGCUGAGGGGUAGAGAACCUGUUUUGCAUACUGGAGAUUCUGACGUUCAAAUCCAGGCACCUCCAGAAAAAUAAUAAUCAGGGUGCAUCCAGAUGGCAAUUUCCCAUGUGCCUCAUUCAGAGUACUCGUGUGCAACUGGGAGAAUGGGAAUUCUUCAAAAGAAAGGCUGUUCUCUUCACUCCAAGUCCACAUCACAAGAAACUCACGUUGUGGAUUUCUCAGUCUUUUUUUGCUUCUUAUGUUAGUCAACCAGCAGCAUAAAAUGAACAAGGAAAGAAAUUCUUCAACGCUUUUUAAAGCAUUCUCAUUUGGUUUGGAAGAGCAUGGUUUGAAAUUUCUUUUCAAGAAGAAAAAGGGAGUGAAUGUUCAUGGAUACAGAUUUAGGAGUUGGUACGCUAACAGAAAAUGAAGAUCAAGAGGCCAGGUCUUUGGCAGUCCCCAAAAUAUCAGGAUUAGAACGGAGCCAAGAGAAGAGUCAGGACAGUGGGAAAGAGCCAUCACUUGACCCUGUUGUGCCUCAGGAUCUUUGCCCUCAAGUUUCUCAGCCUUUGGUCCCACCUCGUUUGGAGCCACCCACAGAGGCACGUUCUCCAGAGCCUGCUGCAGUCCACCCUGCACACUCAUCCUAUUCUGAAGCCCCAGAGAAGCAACCAGCCUUGGAGGAGGCCCAGUUUCCCACAGUCCCUCCUUCCCAAAUACAACACCCAUCAAGACCUCCCUCUCCUGGGCAGCCAGCCCAUCAAAACCUACCACCUGCCCAGCUGCGUCCUCCCUCCCGUAGCCUUGCACAACAGUUGUCGGCUUAUAACAGCAGCAGUUUAAGCCUCAACAGCUUGAGCAGCAGCAGAAGCAGUACUCCGGCCAAAACUCAACCCCCUCCACCCCCACCGCCUCCUCCACCCAUAGCACACCAUCCCUCAGCAUCCCCCUUCCCUCUCUCUUUGCCCAACCACAGCCCCCUCCAUAAUUUCACACCUGCCCUCCAACCUUCUACCCACACCCAUCACCCCAAUAUGUUUGCCCCUCCCACGGCAUUGCCUCCUCCUCCUCCUCUGACAUCGGGGACGUUACAAGUUCCGGGUCAUCCUGCUGGCACUGCUUACUCAGAGCAAGAUCUUCUCCGCCAGGAGCUGAACACUCGGUUUCUGGCCUCCCAGAGCGCUGAUCGUGGCGCCUCGCUGGGCCCACCACCCUACUUAAGGACGGAGUUCCACCAGCACCAGCACCAACACCAGCACACGCACCAACACACGCACCAGCACACCUUCACGCCUUUUCCUCACGCCAUCCCACCUACGGCCAUUAUGCCAACGCCAGCACCUCCCAUGGUGCGUAACCCAGGCAGAAAUUUAUUCCACUCCUACCCUCCUGCUGUAUCUGGGAUCCCUCCUAUGAUACCGCCAACUGGUCCUUUUGGGUCGCUGCAAGGAGCAUUUCAACCCAAGACUUCAAAUCCUAUUGAUGUUGCAACAAGACCUGGAGCUGUUCCACAUACCCUCCUCCAGAAGGAUCCCAGGUUGACAGAUCCGUUCAGGCCCAUGUUGAGGAAACCAGGCAAAUGGUGUGCUAUGCAUGUUCAUAUUGCUUGGCAGAUAUACCACCAUCAACAGAAAGUCAAGAAACAGAUGCAGACAGAUCCUCAUAAAUUGGAUUUUGGUUUGAAACCUGAAUUUCUGAGCAGACCUCCAGGUCCCAGUCUUUUUGGGGCCAUCCACCAUCCUCAUGACUUAGCUCGGCCAUCAACUCUUUUCUCUGCAACCAAAUUUGUUUUGAUAGGUGCCGCCCAUCCAGCCGGCCCUACUUUUGGUCCUCCCCCACACCACAGCAACUUUCUCAACCCAGCAGCCCAUUUAGAGACUUUUAAUCGGCCCACGACGUUCACCAGCCUUGCAGCCAUGAGCGGCAAUGCCUUCGGGGGACUUGGCAACCAUGCCGUUACACCCAACACUAUGUUUGGCCACAAGGAUUGCUCCAGCAUGCAGAGCUUUAGCAACCCUCACGAGCCUUGGAAUCGUCUGCACCGAACGCCUCCUUCGUUUCCGACUCCUCCGCCCUGGCUGAAGCCAGGUGAGAUGGAACGCAGCACGUCUGCUGCAGCUCAUGAACGAGACAGAGAUGUAGAUAAAGGAGACGCUUCUCUUAGUAAAGAUGACAAAGAAAGGGAGACUAUUGAGAAAAGACAUUCAAGCCACCCUUCACCAGCACCUAUCCAUUCUGUGAGUUCCCUUGGACAUAGCCGCAGCUCAGUUGAACAGAUCAGGAGCCACCUGAACUCAGAGAUUCGUGAAAAAGAGAAAUCCAAAGAGCGAGAGAGGGAUCAUUCAGAAUCACGGAAAGAUAUCAGUGUUGAUGAGCACAAGGCAAAGGACAACUAUAUUUCAGAUAAGGAAAGUCUGACCCAUGAUAACAGACCAUUGGAAGAAUCUAAACAAGCAUCUCAGGUGCCUUCACCCUACACCAGGACACCUGCUGCAGAAAGCACCAGACCUAACAGCAACUCCAAUCGGGAUGCUGAGAAGAAGAGUGAGCCUGCUUAUGAGAAUCUCAAAAAAUCUAGUGAGGUCAAAGUGAAAGAGGAAAGGAAGGAAGAUCAUGACAUUUCUCCUGAAACACCACAGACACACCGGCCAUCUGAGCAACCACCACCAAUGCCCGCAGCCAGUGUCCAUCCAGGGCCUUUAGUGUCAAUGCCCAUGACUGUGGGGGUCACUGGCAUCCAUCCCAUGAACACCAUCAGUGGUCUAGAUAGGACUCGCAUGAUGACACCUUUUAUGGGGAUUAGCCCAAUUCCAGGUGGUGAACGCUUCCCAUAUCCUUCAUUCCACUGGGACCCCAUGAGGGAUCCCUUGAGGGAUCCCUACAGAGACUUAGACAUCCAUCGGAGAGACCCUUUGGGCAGGGAGUUUCUCCUAAGGAAUGAUCCACUACACCGCCUCUCCACACCAAGGCUAUACGAUGCAGAGAGGUCUUUCAGGGACAGAGAGCCACAUGACUACAAUAAUCAUCACCACCCCCUUUCAGUUGACCCACGCCGUGAGCACGAAAGAGGGGCCCACCUGGAUGAGAGAGAAAGGUUACACAUGCUCAGAGAGGACUAUGAGCAUGUACGGCUUCACUCUGUGCAUCCCGCGGCCCUGGAUGGCCACUUGGCCCACCCAAGUUUAAUUACUCCAGGACUUCCUAGUAUGCAUUAUCCCCGAGUUAGUCCCCCUUCAGGACUUCAGAAUGGGAUUCUCAAUAAAACGCCCCCCACAGCAGCCCUGAGUGCUCCUCCCCCUCUCAUUUCCACUCUGGGACCUCGGCCUGGUUCCCCCCGAAGGACUACCCCUUUGUCAACAGAAAUGAGGGACAGGCCGCCCUCUCACACUCUCAAAGACAUAGAAGCACGAUAAAUAAUGGCAAAACAAGUCCAAGAGUGAACAUUAGACAAACUGAAAUCUAUCGGAUCUUCUUACUCAAUAAAUGAAGACUUUGGUUAUGACCCAACUGUAUAAAAUGUAUAGACCCAGGUGUACUAAGGUUUUCUUUUCUUCUUCUUCUUUUUUUUUCCAAAAAAAUGGUUGGGUUGUAUAUUAUAUGUUGGGGAAAAAAAGUUUUCAGAACCUUUUAGGCAAAAGUUGGCACAUUUUCUACGUAAAUGCUCUUUCUUUCUCCUGUUUGGGAUCCCUACAAGAUCAAGAUGUAAGUCAGUAUUUCAUCUCCCCAAAAAACAGAGUACUCCUUCCCUCUUCCCACCUCUCUCUCUUUUCCUUUUCGCCAGAUUGAAAUGAAGAAAACUAUAACUCUUUUAUUUUAUUUUUUCUCCCCCGUAAGAGAGUUGUUGAAAAUAACGUUAUUUCGUGGGUUGAUGGGUCAUAUAUGCAACAUGGGUAAGAUGAAAGCUUUACUUUGUAAGUAUGUACAUAGGAAAAAAAAAAAAGUAACAUAAUGCAUUACUACUUCUUAAACUGUGCUCUUUGCAGACUUCAAUUGUGUGAAAGACCGCAGCUGCGGUACAUCUAAUGUCAUAAGACAGCUAAACCCCUUCAGCUAUGCAAUUAAUUUGGAGGUUUUUCACAAAAGCCUCUUUAACUCAAAGGCGCCUUGUCAACACACUCAACCACACAUAAAGUCAUACUUUCCCUGAACAAACCCACACAUCCCUGAUACCUUCUGGGUGAAGAAAUAAACCAUCUUCAUCUUCAACAAGUAGAGCUUGGGUAUCAACUGUUGUUUGCUUUUCCUACCUAGUGCUUAAAAAAAACUUUUUGCUAGCUAGCAUUUUGUUCUUUCUCUUUCUUUUUUUAAGUUGAAAAAUGUUGUACAAUGUUAGAUCACAUCCAGCCUCUUCAUAGCUGUUACUGGAUCACUGUGAAUCAAACUAAAAAACCCAGAAGUGGACCAUUUUUGCUGAAAUCCAUUUAGAGGAGCCAAACACAUUUUGAACCCAGCCAACAAUAUUGUCUGGGCUGUCCUUAUCUUUAGGCCUUAUAAAGUGUGGAGAAUGGGUGGGAGGAGGGGAUUUACAAUCUGUCCCCCCCCCCCCCCAGGUUUUCUGCCAAAUUAUAACUUUUAAUAUGAAAGAAGGGGGAAAUUAUUAAAUGCAUGGGAAAUCACUGUAUUAACAGCAUUUCAAUAUUUAAAUUUUAUCAAACGUAGCUCAUUCUCCUGACUUCGCCCAUUUGUUCAUCUUUGUUUCAUCCAACAUUUGGAGUGUAACCAAAGGUUUCUCCAGGGGUUACAAGUGACAAAAUGAGUGUCAUGUAACAAAAUCUACACUUACACAGGCUAAUCUGCCCGGGGGAUCAUAAAAGACAAGAUGGCAGCCACAAUGACAUUUUUUUUUAACCUGUGUUUUUUUGUGCAAUGCCUGUAAAAAUAAGCAAGGCUUUGGUCAUGCAGUCACAGCUGCCAUUUGACUUUCUAACCUCUCCCCCAGAUGCCUCUGAAGUUACAGACUUGUGCCAGAUGUUGAGAUCAGAUUAAAGACCCAGCAACAAUAUUUGUACAACAUCCUAAGUUUGGUUAGUGUUCACCUUGAUUAUUUUUUUUUCUUUUCUUUUUGUGGUUUAACAUGCUACGCAAAUCCAGUCCAUUUGGUGAGUUUAUAUAUUGUACAAACUCAAAAAAGAACCAAAUGGACUUCCAGAUUUUUGCACCCCAAUCCCUAAUUGAGGUAGGGCAAGUAAGGAAGUGGUGCAUGAAAAUGAAUGAGGGAGGUUUUAUUCCAAAAUCCUGGUGGGCAGCUGGUUGAUCUCAGACACUGCCUUAGUGGUUCUACUCACCUCCAGUACUUGGCAAACAAAGAGCAUCUGAUGCUUCAAGACUUUUUGCCCCCAAAUCCUCUAAUAUCUUGGCAUUGGUUGGAUCUGAUAGGAGUUGAAGCCCAGUACAACUGGAGUACACCAUGUUGCCUGCCCUGGUGUGAGUUUAGAGCCAGGCCUUAUAACAUUAACCUCACCUUUUCUAAAUGCCACCUGUUGUAAACCUGAUACUUCUGGUGCUAUAUGGAGUAGCAACUUGGAACUAUCUAAGGAUUUUGGAUAUCCUUACCAUUUGGGAAAAAGAACCAUUUUUGUUCUUAUUUUGGGGUUGGGCACCAAUUUUCUUAACCCCUUUCCCACAUUCAGGCUCUAGUUUUACAUCUAGUAACAUAGGAGUAAGGCUUGUUACCUGGGAUGUACUUUUGACCAGGUGCAGAACUGUGCUAUUAGCUCUUCAGAAACAUUGCCCACACGGCACUCUUACGUGGACAUUUUUCCCACAGCCCCAUCAUUGUAGGGAUGAACAGCAGAGGGCCACAAGCACCAUGUUGCCUGUCACCCCUUCUGGUAUCCACAGGACUACCAUGAUUAUUCUAGAAAUGAGAGAAGGCUUAAAUUUCACAAGAUCAUCCAAGCUAGGAGAUGUCAAUGAUCUCAUUUGAAAUCUCAUGCAUUUUCAAGUGAGAAGAUUGAAGUACUGCAAGACUUGGGGGGGGGGGGGGGGGGGGGGUUAAGAACCCUAACAUUGCAUGAAAUUGGCAAUCCCAUGAGAUUUGGGCCAUUUUAAAAAUGAUACUCUGCUUGAUUUUGGGUUUGCUCAUGCCAAUACUCAAAAUCAUGUGGUGACGUUCAUCACGGAAAAGGUUGCCAUCGUGCAUUGUAUGAUGUUGAUUUCUGUGGUUUCUGCUGUUAUUUUAGCAUCAGUUACAGGCAAAAGGAAAUCACAAAUAUCCUCUUUCCCCCGCCCCCCCAAGUCGAAAUUGUUUUCAUAAUGUUCAAUGCCUCUGUUUUCAUGAGAUUGUUUUGAAAUGCUCAAUUCUGUUUUGAAAUACUUUGGAGAGAAUAUGACUUUAUCAGAAAGCGUACAGUACCUUGCCUCCUAAUAAACUGUAAAAAUAUGUGUAUGGGAUUAAAAAAAUAGUUCCAUUGGUCUUCUAGUGUUAAAGUGAUAUCUCAAAUUGUUUCUCCUGUUUUGACAAAAAGAAAAAAAAAAGUCUAUUCCAGACCGCUGUUUCUAAUGAUCAGAAAUCUAUUUUAGUAGUCAACUAAAAAGUUUUAGUUGUGAACUUCAGAUUUUGUGAACUCCAGAUGUUGUGCAGUGUUUUUUUUAAGAACAAGACAAAACAAAGAAAAAAAAGAGAACCCUGAAAAAAAAUGUACACUGGCACUGUAGUGAUAGCUUUCAGUAUUGUAUAAAAAUAUUGUUAUAUACAAAUCUUUUUUGCUGUUUCUCCUGUAUGUAAUAAAGUCCUUUCUAAAUCUUAUGUGAAAAGGAAAAAAAAAAAAUCAACAACUCUGAAGCAACAUUCAAUCCACAGCAUGUUUCCUCAUGAGCAAAGCCUUGUGUAAUGUAAAAUCUGUGCCAUGUUAUUAAAAAAUGUGAACUAAA